ACCAAAUCCCUGUCCACUGUGUUUCAGAUCACACCACUGUUUCUGGUAUUCUUCGUGGGAUCCGUUCAACUCGUCAUUUAUUUAUAUCCCAAACAGUCUUCAGGACUCUUCCACGAGAGGAUACAAGCCUUAUUUUGUCCGACACUCACGUCGUUCAUAUCGGAUACCGGGGCUGAGGGUUUACUAAACACCGGCUAUGUGGCCGAUGACCCGCCCCCGCCCUCCUCUCGACGGCCACCGCCCGCCAGUUGGUCCACCAGAUUAGGGGUCGACUCACUCCCAGCGGUUCCAUAC